GAGAGGCAAGGCGUUGGGGCGGUCGGCGCCCCUCCCCCGUCUCCUCACCCCCCCUGGCGCCCGCGGGCGGCGGCGGCGGCGGCUCUCCCCGGGGAGAAGGAAGGAGGCGCCGGAGCGGCCAUGAAGGCAGGAGCAACAUCCAUGUGGGCUUCCUGUUGUGGGUUGCUGAAUGAAGUCAUGGGCACUGGAGCUGUUCGUGGUCAGCAAUCUGGAUUUGGAGGUGGAGCAAACCCAUUUAGGUUUACGCCAAACACUGACUUCACUGUGUACACAUCUUCAGCAGGAGGAGGAGCCAAUAUAGUCUGCAAAGCAUGUGGCCUUUCAUUCUCAGUGUUCAGAAAAAGGCAUGUGUGUUGUGAGUGCAACAAGGAUUUCUGCUCCAUGUGUUCAGUGUUGCAAGAGAACCUCCGAAGAUGUGCCACCUGUCAGUUGUUGCAAGAGACAGCAUUUCAGCGGCCCCAACUGAUGCGUUUGAAAGUAAAAGAUUUGCGCCAGUAUCUGGUUCUUAGGAACAUCCCGACUGAUACAUGUCGAGAAAAGGAAGACUUGGUGGAUCUUGUCAUGUGCCAUCAUGGGUUAGCUUCUGCGGAAAAUACAGACACUAGCAGCUUAUAUUCUACACGCUCACAGACUUCUAGUUUUUCUGCACAUCCUAUUUCUCUGUCAGGAUCUGUAUUAUCAUCACAGGGUGAGCUUGCAAACAGGCACGAGAGCACAGGAAACGAAGUGCAGUUACAGGGACAAAAUGACAGACUGCUGGCCCACCCUGGUGAAGAGGAGGAAAAUACAGACGAGCAGAUUCCGGGACAGUCCAGGAAACGUGCAAGGGCCUCACUGUCUGAUCUUUCAAGUCUGGAAGAUAUUGAAGGGUUAACUGUUCGCCAGUUGAAGGAAAUACUUGCUCGGAACUUUGUUAACUACUCAGGAUGCUGUGAAAAAUGGGAACUGGUGGAGAAAGUGAGCAGGCUGUACAGGGAGACAGAGGAAAACCACAGGACACCAGAAGGAGAGAAGACUCAGCUGAACGAUGAGGACGACAACCUCUGCAGGAUCUGCAUGGAUGCCAUCAUUGAUUGCGUGUUGUUGGAGUGUGGCCACAUGGUCACCUGCACCAAGUGUGGCAAACGCAUGAAUGAAUGUCCUAUCUGUCGUCAAUACGUUGUACGAGCUGUGCACGUAUUCAAGUCAUGAAUGGCAGCGACCAGAACCGGAGGUUUCCCACUGUUUCUUCUACAGGGUGGGCGCAGACCUCAGUGGCAAUGGAAGGAGGCUCCGUGGAGACCUCCAGUAAUUCAUAGCAGCCUGAACAGAAGCUUUAGGAGCUUGACCCAUGUACUUUGGCUUGGGCAGUCAGAUGCCGUGUAGGGAUAGAACUCUGGGGGGAACCAGCCAGUGGUUGAGCUGAAUGGCAGCAGCUGUAAUGCUGCAAAUUGCUCUCUUCUGAAGAAUAUGGCUGUAGCACAUAAGCCAGGAAGGGUCACAGAAGAGUGCUUUACCUUUCUGAAGAGCAGAGGGAGCAGAAUGAUGUACAAAUGUUGUAAAAUCAAUAUUGGAGAGUCGGUUCAGUGCAAUGCAACUGGAGACUCGAAUACACCCACCUCCAGGAAGAGGAGUGCUGAAUGUUUUCAGUUAAUGGAGGUUCAGGAGCAAAUUAUCCUGAACAUCAUCCCACAUGCAGCAGAAGCUUUAAUCAUGUUGCUGUAUAAAAACUAGUGAUUUAGAAGAGAAAAAAAUGGUGAGAUAUGCAAGCAGUUGUGACUCUUGCAAGUGCUGGCUGAUUCUUCAGCAGCAAGUUUUGCCAGUGUUGUCUAGAUUUCAAUGUCAAGGCUGUCUUCUCAUUGAGAGAAGGCGGAUAUAGGAAUUAAGGCUCUCUGCGUUUAGAAUCCAUGUUCAGGCAAUUGCUGAAUAGCCAGUUCCUUUGGUGUUUUCUUGUGGAAUUGCCUUGUUUCAGCUGCCGAGCAGGCCCUGUCAGUGAAGGGGUAGGGAUGACUCUGGGAAUCUAGAUGUUUCAAGGAGGUGGAGGACAAGCCCUUGGCAAUGGAAGUAGCAGCUGCUCUUGAAUGCCUGAGAGGAAUAGGCAUCUUUACAAGUGGUGCAGACAGUGUCUGGAGCUUUGAAACUUUUAGCUUAGAGCUGUAGGUAAAGAGGUAAUUUAUGCUAGGAAAAGAUGCCUAAGGCAAAGGAAAGCAAGAAUUUGCUUUAAAAGUAGCAGGAGAUGCUUUGAUGGAGGCCCAGCAGCUUAGUAACGCACCUCCCCCCCCCCCUUGGCUGGUCUAGAUGCCCUUUGCAGUACAAAAAGCCAGAUAUUUUGCUUUGCAUCUAAAAGCAGAACUAUUCCAGAGCUAUGGCCAUCAUUCCCAGGGCGGGGAGGGGUUAAGGGACAGGGAAGGCAUUGGAGCCUAACUGCUCAGCCUCCAUCUGGGAGUGUGUGCGUGGUGACUUUCGUAUGUUAAAACCUGACUUAUUUUUCAGAAGGGAGCAAGACAUGGCUUUAUUUUUUCAAAGAAAGUACAGAAAAUGAUUCCAGUCCCUGUUCAGGGGUACAUCAUCACGAGAAUGUAGCAUAUCCAUAACAUUCUGAACAAUGGCUGUUUAAAUAAACAUUUGUUAACUGG